AUGUCGACAGGAGUCGUCGAGGAGGGGCACGAUGGUGGCCGGUUCAACGAGAAAGACACGGACGCCCACCACAUCGAUGCUGCGCACUCCAAAGUGUUGGCCGAUUCGGACCUCAUGAAUGAUGCCUUCGAUGGCGAGAAUGAGGAGCACGAGCAGGGUUUAUGGGAGGCUGUCAAGACUCACCCAAAGGCUUGCUUUUGGGCGUUCAUCAUGUGCUUCACGAUUGUCAUGGAGUCGUUCGACAUGUUUUUGAACGGUAACUUCGUCGCCCAGCGUGCCUUUCAAAUGGAGUACGGUGUCUUGGUGGGAGACGAGUAUGUUAUACAAACCAAAUGGCAAAGUGCACUUUUCCAAGCCGGUCAAUGUGGUGCUUUUGUCGGUGUCUUCUUGGCGGGACCCGUUGUCAACCGUUUCGGCUACCGUCUGACUACUAUCUUCGCCCUGAUUCUCAUGAACGCCACAAUUUUCGUUUCCUUCUUUGCCAACUCCAUCGAACUUCUUACGGUCGGACAAGCGUUGGAAGGCGUCCCUUGGGGAUUCUUCAUUGCCAUUGGCCCUGCCUACGCUAGCGAAAUCGUUCCUCUUGCCCUUCGAGGUGCCUGCACGGCUACUCUACAAAUGAGUUGGUCUAUCGGUUCAAUCAUUGUCGCCGGCGCUACCCUUGGGUACAACAAGCGAACGGACGAGUGGGCUUGGCGAGGGCCUCUUGCCUUGCAAUGGAUCUUUCCUACCCCGCUGAUGGUGAUCAUCUUCUUUGCCCCCGAGUCUCCUUAUUGGCUCAUCCGCCGUGGACGCAAGGAGGAGGCACUUCACUCUGUCAAGCGCCUCGGUGCUUCCAGCGCCACGACUCACCAGAAUCAACAAAAAUAUGCCAUGAUCGAGCGAACCGUCGAAAUUGAAGCUCAGAUGGGUGGUAGCCCCAGCCUUAUUGACCUGUUCAAGGGUGUCGACCUGAGGCGAACUACCAUCACGUGCUUGAUGUACGCGUCGCAGAACUUUGCUGGUAACCUGAUCGCCAACCAAGCAACUUUCUUCUUUGAGCAAGCUGGAAUGUCUCAUGACCGUGCUUUCGAUCUCAAUCUGAUCAACUCGUGCCUCCAACUCUUUGCCAACGCUCUCUCCUGGCCCCUCAGUGCCUGGUUCGGCCGCCGCACUAUCUAUCUUUGGGGCACAGUCACCAACGUUACGUUGCUCAUGAUUCUUGGCAUCUGCGCCUCCGUCCAACAGAGCACUGCGACCAACUACGCCCAGGCCGUUCUCGGUAUCCUCAUCUCCUUCGUCUUCGCCGGUACCCUCGGACCGAUCUCAUACACCAUCAUUGCCGAGACAUCUGCGGUCCGACUUCGCUCGUUGAGUACCGCUGUUGGCCGUGCCGCCUACUACGUUGCGGAAAUCCCUAUGAUCUACUUGGCUUCGCAGAUGCUUAACCCAAGUGGGUGGAACCUCGCUGGCAAGUGCGGUUAUGUCUGGGGAGCUACCGCCUCUGUGUGUUGGGUCAUGGCCUUCUUCUUCCUUCCUGAGCUCAAGCACCGCUCCUACCGUGAGGCGGACAUCUUGUUUAACCGCAAGGUUCCUGCUAGGAAGUUCAAGUCGACUGUCAUUAAUGUGACGGAUAACGAGUAG